AUGGAGAAGAUGAGCCGGCAGCGCGCUGCUAGUGCCAAUGGGAGCAGAAAGAGGAAGGCCUCCUCCACCCAGGCCCGGCGGAAACGCCCAGAACGCAGAGGCCGAGCACGUGUGCGUGUUCGAGGGAGAAAGAUGGCCAGCCCCAGGCGCAGCCCCAGGCGCAGCCCUCCGAAGAAACCCAGGAGAGCCAAAGGGCUCAAACCCAUCAUGGUUUAUUACUGUCUGAACAAGAAAGUCCAUCAGAACGUGCCCGCCCGGUGCCAAAGUGGUGGGGACAAGGUAGCGCCAUCAGAGUGUAGCUGGCCAGAACUGAGUGGUGACCUGGCACAAUAUCCCCCAAAAUGGGUAAAACCCUUUCUCCCGGCUGACCGGGUCGUGGCGGGUGCUUUACCCGCCCCGCCCCCGUCCGUAACACCUUUAAAACCGCAACCCGCGGAUCAGAGCGGGCUCCCGUCAGUUGACAUCUUUGUGUGGGAAGACCCAGCGCAAAAUUCGCUGGUUGCCCCUGCCUCGGCCCUUUGCCCAUUAAAGGAGUUAGAUUCCCACAAGGCGAAGAAACCCUUGGUCCUCCCGGGCGGGCAGGAGGAUCUUUUGCUUUUUGACACCCCACCGCCUUACGCACCCCUCCCGAGAGAGCCUAUGGCACCUUCCCCAGAUUCUACGCAGGGGGAUUCUACGCAGGGAGAAAGGGGGGAGGAACCCCCGGCUCGUACAACCCCCAUGGGUGCCAGGCUGCGCUUGCGUCGGGGAGGGGGGAGUGAGGGUGGCCAGUGGGAGGCACAGGCUUUCCCACUUCGCUCGGUGGGGAAUCAGAUGCAAUAUUGGCCGUUUUCAGCCUCAGAUUUGUACAAUUGGAAAACCCAUAACCCGCCUUUUUCUCAAGAUCCACAAGCUUUGACAGGAUUAAUUGAAUCUAUUCUUUUGACCCAUCAACCGACUUGGGAUGACUGCCAGCAGCUUCUGCAGGCUCUCCUGACCACGGAGGAGAGACAGCGAGUUCUCACGGAAGCUCGAAAAAAUGUUCCAGGGGACAACGGUCAACCUACUCAACUGCCAAACGAGAUUGACGCAGCAUUCCCGUUGACCAGACCAGAUUGGGAUUUUAGUACGGCAGCCGGUAGGGAACGACUCCGUCUCUAUCGCCAGAUUCUCCUGACAGGUCUCAGAGGGGCAGGGAGACGCCCCACCAAUUUGGCUAAGUAUGUGGAUGAUUUACUCCUGGCAGCAGAAACCGAAGAGGACUGUAAACAGGGAACGGAAUCCCUGCUCCAGAAGCUAGGCGAACUGGGAUAUCGCGCCUCUGCCAAAAAGGCCCAAAUAUGUGCCCGACAGGUAGUUUACCUGGGUUAUAAAUUGAGAGGGGGCAGGAGGUGGCUAACAGAGGGACGUAAACAGGCGGUGGCGCUUAUACCCCCACCUAAAAACCCACGCCAGUUGAGGGAAUUUCUGGGAAGUGCUGGUUUCUGCCGCCUGUGGAUUCCUGGGUUUGCGGAGAUUGCGGCUUCCCUAUAUCCCCUCACAAAAAAUAAUUCCCCUUACAUCUGGGGAGAAGAACAGCAGUUGGCCUUCGAUCAACUAAAAAAGGCCCUCUUGGAAGCCCCCGCACUAAGCCUGCCUGACCCCAACAAGCCUUUUAUCCUAUAUAUAGACGAAAGAAGGGGGAUUGCAAAGGGAGUCUUGACCCAAAAAUUAGGGCCUUGGAAGAGACCGGUGGCCUAUUUUUCAAAGAAAUUGGACAGUGUCGCCUCUGGGUGGCCCCCGUGUCUUCGCAUGAUAGCGGCGGUGGCCACGAUUGUGAAAGAUUCCGACAAACUGACUCUGGGACAGCCACUGACCGUAGUGACGUCUCAUGCUAUUGAGACGGUCAUACGUCAGCCACCUGAUCGAUGGCUAUCAAAUGCCAGAAUUACCCAUUACCAAGCAAUGUUACUCAACCCCGAGCGCAUCCGGUUUGGAACGACGGCCUCUCUCAACCCCGCCACUCUACUGCCGGAACCAGGAGACCAUACGCAGGUCAGUCACAAUUGCCAACAGGUACUGGCUGAAGUCUACGGGGCCCGUGAGGACUUGACAGACCAGCCCCUGCCAGACGCGGAGUACACCUGGUAUACAGAUGGCAGCAGCUUCCUCCAUCAAGGUGAGAGGAGGGCAGGGGCGGCGGUGGUCGACGGAAAGACUGUUGUUUGGGCCUCUGCCUUACCACCAGGCACUUCAGCACAAAAAGCUGAGUUGGUAGCUCUGACUGAGGCCUUAAAACAGGCAAAAGGAAAGAGGGUAAACAUUUAUACAGAUAGUCGAUACGCCUUCGCUACGGCGCAUGUGCAUGGUGAAAUAUACAAAAGAAGGGGACUGCUUACUUCAGCAGGCAGAGAAAUUAAAAAUAAGCAGGAAAUCCUAGAUCUCCUACAGGCCCUCUUCUUGCCAAAGAAGGUGAGCAUCAUACAUUGCCCUGGCCACCAAAAAGGAGAGGAUCCAGUGGCACAGGGUAACCGGAUGGCGGAUGAGGUGGCCAGAACAAGCGCCUUGGGUAGCUGCGCAUUAAACAUCAAUGUGCAAGAUUCUCCCAGCCAGGGGCCGGAAUGGAAUUAUACCGAACAAGAUGAGGCAUCCAUACAAAGGUUAGGGGGAAUUUACGACGAGACCACUAAAAGCUGGAAAAUACAGGGCAAAGUCGUGCUACCCACAAAAGAAACUAGAAGAUUAGUGCAAGAUCUACAUAGAUGGACACAUUUAGGGUAUAAGAAAUUAAAGACCUUACUGGAUAGAGAGGAGAUUUCUUAUUUUUUAUUGGGACUACCUGCAGCAGUAAAACAAACCGUAGAGGCCUGCAUCCCAUGCGCCAAGGUAAAUCCCAGAUGUUCUAAAAUACCUGAAGGAGUCCGGAUACGGGGGGCUAGACCUGGAAUUAAUUGGGAAAUAGAUUUCACAGAGGUCCGCCCAGGCAGAUAUGGAAUUAAGUACCUUCUAGUGUUCGUAGAUACCUUUUCCGGCUGGCCUGAAGCAUUUCCAGUGAAGAAGGAGACAGCACAAGUCGUGGUUAAGAAGCUAUUAGAAGAAAUCUUCCCGCGGUUUGGCUUGCCUAAGGUAUUGGGGUCGGAUAAUGGACCCGCCUUCGUCUCCAGGGUAAGUCAGUUGGUGACCAAAGUGCUGGGGAUUGAUUGGAAAUUGCAUUGUGCGUACAGGCCCCAGAGUUCAGGUCAGGUAGAACGAAUGAAUAGAACACUUAAGGAGACCUUAACUAAAUUAACAAUGGAGACUGGCACUAGAGACUGGGUCGAACUGCUGCCGAUGGCUUUGUUUAGGGCUCGUAAUACACCUUCUGUAUGUGGACUAACACCCUAUGAAAUAUUGUACGGAGGCCCUCCACCCGCAGCAGAUUUGUUGGGACCCAGUAUUGACUCAUUUGCAACAUCCUCUACUUUACAGACCCGCUUCCGAGCUUUACAGCUCAUCCACAGGCAAAUAGGGGAGCAGCUGACUGCCGUAUACCAGUCCAAGUGCCCUACGCUCCCGCAUUCGUUCCAGAUUGGGGACAUUGUCUACGUCCGCAGACACCAGAUUAAGACGCUUGAGCCACGUUGGAAGGGACCCUACACGGUAUUAUUGACUACACCGACCGCGAUAAAGGUAGACGGAAUUGCCGCUUGGAUACACGUGUCACACGUCAAGAGGGCGACAGCUGAACAGAGACAAGAGACCGACGACCCUGCCGACGAGCCGACACCAACAUGGAAACUACAACGUACUCAAAACCCACUCAAGAUAAGAAUUUCAAAAUCUGUUUAGUACUGCUUACAAUUCUUUUUACCCCUAUUAUGGGCGACUCGCAUGCCCCGGUGAGGCUCACGUGGGAGGUGCAAUCUGGUACCACGGAGGUCGUAUGGUCCGUUACCCGCGUGGCCCCCUCCGGGACAUGGUGGCCUGCCUUGCACCCUGAUGUAUGUGAGCUAGUAAAGGGAAUGGAUAACUUAGCAGCCUAUGGUGUCGCGUUUGCCCCUGGUGCAUUGGUUAGUGGCUCCGUGCGGCUUGGGUGCGAGUCUGAGAUAAAAAGAUGCCAGUUACAACAACAAGAGUUUUAUGUGUGCCCUAAGGAUGGCAGGUCUACGAAAGAAAAGGGACGAUGCGGGGGAGCAGAAUCUUUCUACUGUAAGGCCUGGGGAUGUGAGACCACUGGUCACAUAUAUUGGAAACCCUCCUCUAGUUGGGAUUGGAUUACUGUACACCGUAACUUUACUCCUGGGAGAGAUCCCAACUGCUCUAUGCCCCUUAAUAUUUCUUUCACAGAAAAAGGAAAAAAAGCCAACCUUACUGACUGGAAAAGGGGAAGAAUAUGGGGCUUAAGGUUUUAUGUUUCUGAUUACAAUCCCGGGCUUCUAUUUAAAAUUCAACUUAAAGAAGAAGCCCUUCCCCAAAUUGAAGGUCCCAGUAUGUUGGGGAGAUGGGAGGGUCAAAGGUCAUGGCCUACAUUGUCUAGACAAGGGCCUGUGACUGAAGUCGUAACCUCGACUUCCCACCAAAGGCCUGUACCUGGGGCCACAACAAUAAAAUCCCAGGGCCAACCCACGACCUUGACACUCUCCCAGAUAGCAAAUACAUCUAAAAGUUUUAAUUCGACUGAUUUGUCCCCUACUGUACGGUCGGAUACUUUUUCAAUAGUACUACUUUUAUCCUUAGUUUUUGUAAUACAUGGGCUUUCUGCUGCCGCCUAUGCCAUGAUCCUAGCAAGACAGAACCGAAGGCAGGACCACAGGCAGGACCAACGUGUUGAGACCGAAACAAUAGAGGGAAUAUAUAUAGAAAUUCUUUAAAUUUUAAGAUUAAAAUUUGACCAAAAGAAAAGGGGGGAAAUGUGAAAUUAAGAUAGGAUGGGGUUAAAUCGGAAUGUAAAAUUAAGAUAAAAAGGGUUAAAAUGAAGUUGCUUGAGCUAACUGCAUAUUUUGCUUCUGUGCAAAAUGCUUUGGCUUGCAAAAUGCAUUUUGUUUAAGAUAACUAGACUUUAGCUGAUCUUGUAACAUGUGAUGACUGUGCUAGCUGAUUUGGUAACAUGUGAUGAAUGUGCUAAUGCUUUUAUGAGAUAAUGGAGCAUGUGAUAAUUAUUUUAGGAGCUAUGUUGAGUUUUUGGUUAUGAUGACCCCGUGUUUAUGCCUACUCAAGGUCUUCUGUCCCCUCACCCUGGAAGUUUGUCAUGCAUCUUAUGAUGGUUUGUCAUGCUGUGGUUUAUCUUGUGAUUCUUUGUGUCAUGCUAUGGAGAUAUGCUAAUAUUGUGGUUUUCAAUUUUAAAUACGC